UAUUGUAGAGUUGUCGCGACCACUAAGUCGAUACAGCAGAUUCGAUUUGUUUGGAGAUUAUUUUUCUGACAAUAUUCGGUUGACGUUUAUAAUUUGUAACACAUUUUAUCAACUUUUCAUAUUUAACGUUCAAAGAUGGAUUCUUCUAUUGAUUCGCUGGAGUUUUCUUUGGAAUCCUUGGAUAUAACCCUGGAUACGAGCAUCGGUUAUAAUUUAUUUUUCUGUUAUUGACGGCGAGCAUUUAUUUCAUAUCCGAUUUUAUAUUUCAGACGGUCUUAACAAACAAGAAACGGUUGAAAAGUCGCGAGACAACGACGAUUCGUUUGGUACUGACUUAAUCGAUAAGAUCAUUGCCUUGUAUUUGAGACACAACACAAGUCUUCGUUGUCUAGAAGACUUCAUGGAGAUUCUCAACAUCGAUCGCGAAAUGUGUGAUAAAUUACCUACUCAUAAAAAACAAAUUUUAAACUUAUUUAGAAAGCAUAAAGACUUGAUUAAAAUGUUUUUCUUUGUAAAGUGCAGUGCAUGCCACAAGACAGUCAAAAUUGACCCAGACAAAUCUGAACAAGUGAAGUGUUGUAACAAAAUGUUAAGUAAACGGGAGACUAAUUUUUUCGUGUAUUUGCCGAUGCAAGAGCAAUUGUCACGAAGCAUUAAGAACAACUGGUCAUACAUUGAGGAAUUUGAUACAAGCAGCAACGAAGAUGGGUGUUAUUCCGAUGUACAUGACGGAGAAAUUUUGAAAAACAUUUUUAAGCUGUAUGAGAAUCAAGAUUUGAACAUUUUGUCAUUAUGUCUCAAUGUAGACGGAGCCAACAGAUUCAAAUCCAACAAGUUUUCACUAUGGCCCAUUCAAUUCAUACAGAACUUUUUGCCGCCGAGAAUUCGUUUCCAAUCUCAUAACAUAAUCGUAACUGGAUUGCUUUAUACGGAAUCCGAGGCAAACCUGAACUUCCGAGAUUAUUUGCUACCGCUGGUGUAUGAAUUCAGUGGAAUGAAAGAAAACAACUUCUGUGUGAACAUCAACGAUCAGGAUUAUGUCUUCAAGGCAAUCAUCAGUCAUUGUUGUGUCGACCUACCUGCUAAAAGUAAGAUACAAGAAACCAAACAAUUUGGUGGCUAUGAUGCAUGUACAUAUUGCGAGAUCCCGGGUGAGAAAGUUCAAAUUGAAAGAUCGAAUGACAAACGGAAAAAAGGAAACAAAGUACACAAGAAACCUGCGGAAUGCGUUCGUUAUGUGGAAGGCGAUGUUGAGCAUCCAUUACGGGAUGAAGUGGACACUCUGAAGAAAAUGCUUAUUGCAAGUGGUGAAAAUGAUGCAGUCAAUGGUAUUAAAGACGUUUCGUGUUUGGUCGCAUUUGAACACUUCAACAUUUUGCAUAGUAUCAGCAUUGAAUACAUGCACUGCAUAUUACUUGGAAAUCAAAAACGCAUUUUAAACUUGUUUUUGGAUUCAAAAAAUAAAAGCUGUCCAUACUACAUUCCUCCAAAGAAGAAGAAAUUGCUGAACGACAGAAUAAUGGCAAUUAAGCCAAAUGCUGAUGUUGUAAGAAAACCGCGCUCGCUGGAACAAAAAGCCGACUUCAAAGCAAGUGAAUACAAAUUCUUGCUGUUGUACUAUUUGCCAAGCAACUAA